ACAAACGGCCGACGGUGGCCGACUGUGCUCUUGUCUCAUAGUACUACGCUGCGCGUUCUCAGAAGGAUGCGCCUGCGCAUUGUGCUGGUCUCCAUGGCAGGGCCUCGGAGCCAAGACGAGAAAAAAUGCUGCUGUGAAGACAUAAUUAUAGCUCUCACACAAAUGAAGCCUAUCAUGAUUUAGUGUCCCCGAAAGGAAGAACUUCAGUGGACAAGAGAGGGCAUUUCUGGCAAUAGUAGAAUGCUUGAGGCCUGAGUUUAAACUUGAGCAACUGCCUGAAGCUAUUAAAUAAUAAAAGAAAAUGGAAUUGAAUAUAUCAGCAUGGAACAGUCUAAUGAUUCAUUAAGAGUCAACCAUAAUGAUUCUGAAGAAUCAAAAACAGAUUCUCAGGUAUUUGAGCAUCUAACCUGUAUGGACUCCAGGGAUCCUUCCUUUGGACAAAAUGGUUCUCCUAGAAUUUUACCCAUCACCUCUCAUGAAGUAGAUAAUUCACUAACAUCACAGAAUAUACCAGGGACCCUGACUCAGACACAGACUCUUUCUACAGAACAAUUCCAUCUAGUGGACCAAAAUGGGCAGCCUAUUCAAUAUGAACUUCAGUCAUUGGGGGAUUCUAAUGCACAAAUGAUGAUUGUUCCUAGCCCAUCAGAAAAUGGACAGGUGCUGCGUGUAAUUCCAUCUACCCAGACAGGAAUGGCACAAGUAAUUAUUCCUCAGGGGCAGCUUGUGGAUGUGAAUAGCUCUCAGGAUGUCUCUGAAGAGAAACCCGGUGACAGAAACUUACCAACCAUAAGAGUGGAUGUUCUAGCAGACAAUACCAGUAAUUAUACUCUUCAUCCACAAGCAUCCCUCACAUUGCCCAAAAAGACCGUGGCCAGAAUGCUUGAAGAGCCCUUUCUGGCUCCUCUCCAGCCACUUUCUUCUAACACACCUAUGUGGGCUUGCCGUCUUAGGAGCUGUGAGAAAAUUGGAGAUUCUUACCGUGGCUACUGUGUAAGUGAGACUGAAUUAGAAAGUGUCCUAACAUUUCACAAGCAGCAAACUCAGAGUGUUUGGGGGACCCGCCAAUCUCCAAGUCCAGCCAAGCCAGCUACACGCUUGAUGUGGAAAUCUCAAUAUGUUCCAUAUGACGGAAUCCCAUUUGUCAAUGCAGGCAUUUUAUCAUCUCACAUCAUCACAAGAAGAAGAAGGUGUCCAGAACAGACGGAUACUUCAAUUAAUAUCAAUAGUUGGUUUUGGCCUACAGGGAGUAGAGCCGUGGUAAUGGAGUGUCAAUAUGGGCCAAGGAGAAAAGGUUUCCAGUUAAAAAAAAUCAGUGAACAGGAAAGCAGGUCUUGUCAGCUCUACAAAGCCACUUGUCCAGCCCGGAUUUACAUUAAAAAGGUACAGAAGUUUCCUGAAUAUAGAGUUCCUACAGACCCCAAAAUUGACAAGAAAAUAAUCCGAAUGGAGCAAGAAAAAGCUUUUAACAUGCUAAAGAAGAAUUUGGUAGAUGCUGGUGGUGUUCUUAGAUGGUAUGUACAGUUACCUACAAAGCAAGCUCAUCAGUAUCACGAGAUAGAAACUUCCUGCCUUGCUUUGUCACCUUCCCCUUUUCCUGUGCCUUCUCUUGAAGAAGAGGAAACUGCAAUUAGGGAUGAAAAUUGCGCAUUACCCUCACGUCUACAUCCUCAAGUAGCACAUAAGAUUCAAGAAUUAGUGUCACAAGGAAUAGAACAAGUGUAUGCAGUAAGGAAACAGCUAAGAAAAUUUGUGGAAAGAGAACUAUUUAAACCUGAUGAGGUGCCUGAAAGACAUAACUUAUCCUUUUUUCCAACUGUAAAUGAUAUUAAAAAUCACAUCCAUGAGGUACAGAAAGCCUUGAGAAAUGGAGAUAAUGUGUAUAACUCAGAUAUUAUUCCAGCAACGCUUCAGUGGACUACAGAUAAUGGGCAUAUUCUCAGAGAGACUGUGACAGUUACAUUUGCAGAAGGAAAUUCACCAGGAGAAUCAGUUAGCACCAAAGUGGAAACAAAUCAGACAAGGGGUUCUUUGUCUCCAGAGCCAGCCCACUUGCUCUCUUCACUUUCCUCAUUUCAGCCAAAAGUAUUUACUCAACUGCAGGGUUUGCAGUUGCAACCAAGAUUCACUUCUCCUGAUGGAUCACCGACUCUGAUAUCAGUAAAUAACCACCCUUCCUCCAGUCCUGCAAGACUUCUGGACUCAUUAGAAAGUACUGUAAUGAAUAAUAAUUCUCUACUGCUUGGUCAAAGUCAUAGCCUUCAAACAGAUACAUGCCUGACCCCAAACAAUAGCAUUAUUACCUCUACCAUGGGUAACCUUCCAGGACCAGAUCAAAAUCUAGCUGCAAUGGACCAGCUGGUGCAAGUUGGAGAUGUUGAGGAUACAGAGAAUAUGGAAGGAAGUGUUCAUCGGAUUCUGUUGGGAAAUGUGCAAACCAUCCCAAUACAAAUUAUAGAUAACCACCCAGCUAUUAUUGGAGAAAAUCCAGAAGGUACCGUUUCUGUGAACCAAGUUAAGCAAGAACCCAAAGAACCAGCAUUGUCUAUGGAAGCAAAAAAAAAUUUGGACUGUAAGAAAUUAUCUACUACAUAAAUUAUUGAAGCUUUUCAGAAUUUACAACUUGGGUGACUUAUAAUGUCAUAAAAAAGAAGGUGAAUAUUAUCAAAGCGCAGCAUUGUGAUAAGUGAACUGAAGACUGGUUCAAUGAGCAACUUUGAUUUAAAACCGAUAUGUUUGUUGCCAAGUCCAUAUUUUUGGAACCUAUUUUAUUCCUCUUAUUUUGUAUAAUUCUUAUGCUUUUUGAUUAUCUGAUAAGGCCAGUAUUUCCAAAGACCAUCUGAACUUAUCCAUGACAAUAUAGUCUGAACACAAAUAGUUAUCUAACUAAUCCCUUGGAAAUAUCUGAUUUGGGUUCUGAAAAGACAAACAAGAACAACAACAAAAAUAGUGUGUGAGUUUGUGUGUGUGUGAGUGUGUGUAUGUGUGUUGACUUUUUUUAAAGUUAUAAAAGAAAUUAUUUCCUCUUUAAAGUUGUGAAGAAAUUCUUUAAAUUAGCACAGGGGAGAGAAUAUUUGUAGUCUGUCUCAUUAGGAAAGAUAAAACCAUAGUAGAUUUUACAUCAUAACAUAAAGCUCAGUAUUCACAUCUGUGGAAACUGUAAUUGCAUUUUGGCUUCUUCCAUUAUAAUUUUUAUACUUAUAACUACAAACCAAUAGCAUACUAAUAGUUAUCUAGUAGAAAUUUAAAAUGUCUUGGUAAGUACUUAGAGUUUUAAUUUGAAUUAAUCAGAUAAGCAACAGAAAUAAAUGUAUAUUGCAUGGAUUUAUAUAGUAUUUUAGGUAAAACACUACAUGUGGAUAGAAAACUAUAGAAAUUGAGAGAAUUCAGAAAGAAUAAUAAACUUCCCUGGUGUUGACAGAUAAUUUGAGGAACUUUUUGAUAUCCACAAAAGAUUUUUUUUUCCUACUUUGUAUUGAAGAUUCAGCUCUGGUUAGAAAAUAAUUUGAGUUGUAUUUAUUUUUCUAUGCCAGAGCUCUUACUGAAUUAGUGGUAUUAGAAUUUAUAGUAUUUCAAGGUAAGUAUUUGUAGUUUAAAAUUUAGUUCAUAUUUAAAACAACUGAUGUGUUAUAUUUGCUUGCUGAGUAAGUAUAUUUACUUGAAAUACUGAAUAAGUACUAAUCACUGUAUUCAUUAUAAGCUUUUGUUUUCUGGAAGGUUGGUGAACUAGAAAUGUCAAUUAUAAGCUGUCAAGAAAUCAAUUUAAAGGGUUUUUUUCACCCCAGGGACCGUUUGUGGGUAUAUUUAAGACUUUAUUUAAAAGUAAUAAGGAUUUCAAAUGGAUAUUAAUAUUUAUAUUCAAAGUAUAUGGAAUGUAAUAUGAAAUUUAACCUUAAUAUUUUACAUGACUGAAUCCUUUUUGGCUUUUCUAAAGUCCAGUCUCCCAUUCUUAAUUCACUUUAAUUGUUGCAAGUAUACAACAUGUACCUAAGUAAAGCAUUGUUAAAUUAGACAUGAGUGGAACUCUUAAAAAUCCGUGCUCUUUAGAUUUAUACCCUAUUUAAUAUAAAAUUUAUUAUUUAUACCCCUAUUUAAUACAAAGUUGAUAUUUAGUUACAUAUAUGAUUUUAAUUAGAAUUUUAAUUAGAAUAGCUUUUCUUUUUCCUAAGAACUGAAAAUAUUUGAUGUCAGCAUUUCAGAGGCAGUCUGCCAAAUCUGAUUAUAUUACUCUAAGUUAAACAUAGCUCUUAGUUACCUCAAACCCAGCUUUCUCGUAGUCUGUGUGUACGUAAAGGGUAUAAGUCUGAAUUUAUAGUUUUAUUGCAUUUGUAGGUAAUAUCCUUUUAAUUUAUUAUUUCUAAUUUUUAUGGAAACUUUUUUCAGGAUUUUAAAUAAUAUUGACUUUUCAUUAAUGGCAAUAGCUUAUUAUUAAAUAUUUUACCAAUUGAAGUAUAUUCCUUUGGAGACAUUCUUUUCUUUUUUGAUGUUGAGUUGCUAAGGAGAAAUGCUUGUUAAGAUACAAACUCUAGUCAGUUACCUGUGAGGAUAAGAGAUGUUAGAGAGUUCAGACUUUGGCAUUUGAACAAGAACAAAAUAUAGUUUUAAAAUAUUUCUCUCACUUCAUUCUUUGUGAAUGUCUCUUUCUGGUACUGUUUUUUUCAUUAGGAAGAGGAAAGUUACAGUGCAUCCUUCCCACAAACAAAAAACAAAAUUAAAAAAGAGCAUGAAGGAAGGUUUAAAUCCCUAAUUGUAUACUCUUUUGGUUUUUAGGUAGAAACUGGAACUAUCAAUAUUUUCAUGUAAGUAUUUCAAUGAGUAGCUCUUUAAAAAUGGUUUCUAAAUUUUUAAAAAUUCAUUUCCCCUCUAAGUGCAUGUUCAGUCACAGUAUAUCAGUAUUGUAUUUUAA